ACAAAUCAGUUAUUCUCUCCUCACUUUCUCAUAAGCUCUCAAAGAAAACCCAAAAUUUUCUCUCUCCUUAUUUUUCUCUAUCUCACACGGCUCACCCUCACCAUCACCGACUCCCUCCCCUUUCUCUCUCCACGCCGCAGCACCACCGCCGGGCCAUCAGCAGCAGCAGCGCAGCAGGCGGGCCUCCAUCGCCGGCUUUCUCUUUCCUCCUUUUGCUCUAAUUUGCCCUCUUUUGCCUUAAUUCUUCGAGGUAAUUUAGUCUCAUAUCUUUCAUCUUGCCAAUAUACAACCACUCAACUCCCAUUUCAAACUCGUUGCAGUGCCUUGCCGAGUUGCCGAGUCACGGACAAUUGUCUAUUGAGGUAAUCAAUGGCAAAAAGCAAAUAUGAGUAUGUAAAGUCCUUUGAGGUUCCAGACAAGAUUAUGUUGCCCACAAUUAUUGUUGUUGUCAUUGAUGGCCGUAAUUUCCGAAGGUUUGCUGAGGUUCAUGAAUUUGCAAAGCCUCUCGAUGGAAAGGCCUUGGAUCUAAUGAAAUCAUGUGCAACUGCUGUUAUGGAGAAAUUUGGUGACUUAUCAUUUUCAUAUGGGUUCAGUGAUGAAUUUAGUUUUGUACUAAAAAAAGACAUUGAAAUUUACAAUAGACGCGAAAGCAAGUUACUGUCCGUACUUGUGUCAUUCUUCACUUCUGUGUUUGUCAAAAAAUGGAAAGACUUUUUUCCUCAGAAGUUGCGCUUUGCACCUUCAUUUCGUGCACGAGUUGUACAAUGCCCUACUUUGGAGGUUCUUCAAACCUAUCUUGACUGGAGACAGAGAGAGUGUCAUCUUAACUAUUUAUACGACACAUGUUUAUGGAACCUGAUUCGGAUGGAAGGGAGAGAUCCUGUUAACGAAACCGAUGAAACCGAUGCUGAAACUAAAGCCCGUAAAAUUCUUGAGGGAACACAAAAAAAAUUCAAGCAUGACCUUCUCUUCAAGCAAUUCAAGAUUAAUUAUAACAAUCUUCCGCCCAUGUUCCGACGAGGAACUUUUCUUAUCAGGACUAAGUGUGUUGUUGAACAUUUGGCGAAUGGUGUUGCUGUCAAUCGGUCAACGAAGAAGAUAGUUGAAGUUCACUCCGUUAUCAAUAAAUGCUUUUGGAAUCAGCACCCAUCUCUAAUUGCAGAAUUUGGUGGACUUGAAAACGAUAUUAACUUCCAUAAUACCGGAUAUAUCGAGUCGUUUCAAGUUCAAGAUAAAUUAAUGUUAUCCACAUGGAUAGUAGUCAGAAUUGAUGGGUGCAAAUUUCACGGGUUCUCUGCAAGUCAUGAUUUUACGAAGCCCAAUGAUAUUUCAGCUUUGAAUCUAAUGAAUUCAUGUGGAGCAGCUGUUUUAGAUGAGUUCAAAGACAUAAUUUUUGCAUAUGGUGCAAGUGACGAGUUCAGUUUCGUUUUGAGGAAGGAUUCCAAAUUAUAUGACCGACAUCGAAGUGGAGUAGUAUCUGCAAUUGUAUCAUUUUUUACAUCAAUGUAUAUCAUGAAAUGGAAAGAGUUUUUCCAACAAAAGGAGUUGCAGUACCAACCCUCAUUUGAUGGACGAGCUGUUUGUUACCCGUCACUUGGAAUUCUUCGGGACUACUUGUCUUGGAGACAAGUCGAUUGCUAUAUAAACUACCAAUACAAUACUUGUUUUCAGCUGUUGGUUGAUUCACGGUUAAAAGGGUGUCAUGCCCAUAACAUUUUGGAGCAUAUGCCAAGUCAAAAGAAGAAUGACAUGCUUAAAAAUAUUGAUUCUGAUAAAUCAUUGGAAAUUUUUCGUCGUGGAUCUUGUAUAUUUUGGGACAAGGCAUGUGUUGAUUCUAAUAUAUUAUUUAAAAUCUAUCAUCUGUGUAAAUUUUGGAACAAGGUAAAAACCCUUAGUUGUGGUGAUGAUUCUCCAUGGAAAAUUGUGAUCGAACACUGUGACAUAAUUGAUGAAGCUUUUUGGAAAGCUCACCCUUGGAUCCUUUGUGAAGAAAGAUCUGGACCAUCUGCUUGAUGUUGGGAAUAUCACAAUUGUAGUGCCUUUUUAUUGGAUUCUUCUCAUUUUUUCUGAGUCCGCCAGUAUUUUUAGAUUAUUUUUCUGAUUUUUCUUUGAUUUUCUAUGAUUUUUACAAGUUUUAUAAAAUGAUUUUCGAAAAUAAAUCAAUUCAGUUAUCCAGAAAAUUCAGCAACGAUCCGGGAUAUUCUAGAAGAUUAAAAAGUUUGAUCUCAAAGGAAGCCAAAAUCAAAUAUAGGAUAAUUCUUGAAUUACAGAUUAGAUUUGGAUAAAAACGGAUAAAGAAAACUGUCGAACGAAAGAUAGAUAAAAGUAAGAAUUGUAUACACUGAUCGAUGACGUGCUGACACGUCACACACAACCGUAUAUACGGUUGGCAUGACCGUAUAUACGGUUGUUGUGACCGUAUAUACGGUCCUGUACACCGUAUAGGACCGUAUAUACGGUUGAAAUCCGUGUAUACAAUUCCUCUUUUACCUAUAUUUCUCCCCAAAACGCUUAUAAAUACUUGCUCUCGGUGCCUAUUCGAUGAUCAACGAAUUCUCUUGUGCUUAGUGCAAUUCAAAACUCUCCCAAAUCUCUCUCACCACACAAAUCACUCACAAAACACAAAUCACUCACAACAUCCAAGGUUCUCGAAUCUGUCGCAACUUUCGGAGUCGCUUCUUUGCGAAUCUAGGUACAAAAUUCUGAGGCUAUUCAAUCCAACUCUCUCUCUUCUUUUAUCAUUAAUUUUUAAUACUUUUAUUUUAUUUUGCUCUUGAAUUUCAAUCAUGUAAAUUCAUUCGUUUGAAAUCGUUUUCGCCUUAUCACAAUCGCUUUAAUCAUAAUUGUCAAUGCUGACGAUCUCUUUUGUUGUGAUAAGCGAUUCAAUUGGAGGAAAAUCUUUGAUACACUAAUCUUUGUUUUCUUUUGUGUUGAUAGCGAUCCAAGGUAAGUUUGAUUUAUAUAUUUGAGUUUUCGAUUCUUGCAUAUUGAUCAUCAUCGCACAUGUAUUAUUGUUUAUGCAUGAGACACUUUUUUUAUUGCUUAAACAAGAUCGGAAAUUGUUUGAAUCACAUUAAAUUCAGAUUAAUCAUGGACGAACGGAUUUUAAGCACCUUAUUAAUUUGAUUAAUUUGAAGUGAUCACAACAAUUAGGCUAGGUAGUAAUAUGUGCAUAAUAGAAAGUCACUUUACUAGUAAUUUUAGGUUAGAGGGAUCCUAUAGGAAAAUAUUGCUAAGUUGUUUGUAUCCAAUGAAUAUGAUUGAAUGGAAUUACAAUGAGACCGAGUAGAGGCCGCUACAUGCGGGCAGAUUGGGUCAAAGAUUCUUUCCAUACCAUGUCCUCGAACCCACGAUUUGGUUACUGGAUCAGACAGUGGGGCCAUUAAAUUGGCACCAAUGUUUCGGGCGUCCGUGAUUAACCUGUAUAGGCACGGUGGCGAUUCCCCACUCGACAACACUCCCCCAACGCACUCACGUGCGGGAUCCGUGGCUCAAGCCCACGAACACACAUCUACGUGGACCCAGGUCCCGCGAGGGACUUGACGUCUACAAUUACUUUGAGACGAUUAGCCAGUACUUUAGAGAACAAUUUAUAAAGAACAUUACACAGGCUAAUUGGCCGAUAAUCAACAGGAGACUCACAAUUUUUCUUUUUAGGGAUAAGAACAAUAUGAGUCUGAUUAAUCAAGCCAACAUCAUCAUCUCCAUUUAAAAUAGCAAGCACUUUAGCAAUCACAUCCGGUCCAACAAUACUCCAAAAAUUUUGAUAGAAAAGUGCACACAUACCAUCGGGUCCCGGAGCUUUAGUAGAAUGCAUUUGCUUUAGAGCUUCAUUCACCUCUUCCCCUGUGUACGGUCUUAAAAGUAUAUCCACCAUAUCAUCCGAAACACAAGCUUGAACCUUCGCAAGAACUGGCUCUAUGUCCACUGAAGUGGCACCUGUAAAGAGGUCUUCAAAAUAUGACACAAAUAGCUCCAUAAUAUCAGGUUCUUCAUCAUAGACAUUGCCUGCAGCAUCAUGAAUUUUCUCAAUAUUAUUUCGCACUUGUCUCCGUUUUGCUUUAUUGUGAAAAAAUUUGGUAUUUUUGUCACCAAAUUUUAACCAAUCUUGACGACUUCGCUGCCUCCAAUAGACCUCUUCCCUUCGUUCAAGUUCAUCCAUACGGUCGUCAAUAGCACGCAUUUGCUGCAACACUUCUUCAGAUUGAGGCUCUUCCAUCAAAGCUCUCAUUUGUUGCUGGCAUGCCUUUAGUUCCUUGUGGAAGUCACCAAAUUUAUCACGACUCCAUAUUGAGAGCUUAGAUGCCAUUCUACUAAUAUUAGCAACAGCAUCUGAACCAUUUGUCCAAGCAUUCGCAACGACCUCAGCACAUGACUCAUCCCUGAGCCACAUUUCCUCAAACCUGAACAGCUUCUUCUCCUUCUUUUCUGGUUGAGUUCUAAUGAGUGUUUUAAUGCUUAAGCUCAAGGGUAAGUGAUCAGACCUCCUUUUUUCGAGGUGAGAGACAUAAGAGCCCCUAUACAUAUCCUUCCAGGCUUGAUUUGAGAAAAAACGGUCUAUACGUUCUUGCAAAUUCUUAUCACCACUUUGAUUGUUGUUCCAAGUGAACUUAUACCCCGUAUAAUGCAAAUCGAUAAGGCUACAAGAAUCCACAGCCUCCCUGAACAUUCGAGCUUGGGCAUAGUCAAACGGGUUGCCUCCUUGUUUCUCAUCUUGCCAGAGCAUUAGAUUCCAGUCUCCCCCACAAAGCCAUGGUUUCGUAUUAUUUUGCCCCAAAUUUUGAAGCAACUGACAAGUAAGAUGUUUAUUAGACUCCUCUGGAAAGCCGUAGAAACCACUGAAACGCCACUCACAACCAUCUGCACUCACCACAUCUACAUCGAUGUGAUUUGCCGAGUAUGAAAGAAGAGACACACUCCAGUCUUCCCUCCAUAGCAGCACUAGCCCUCCACUCCGCCUUUUCCCUUCCCCCCUACAACCAACAGCAAGCAUACCAUGCUGUUUAAGUUGAAAUUUUAAUCGUUCACAUUCAUCAGAAUAUAGCUUAGUCUCUUGCAAGAAGACUAAUUGGGGAUUUUCUUGUAAAACCACACGUUUCAACGCAGCCUUUGCCUUGGGGUUCCCCAACCCUCGGCAAUUCCAACUCAAAACAUUCAUUGAUUAGGGAGGGCAUUUUGGUUGCCCGCACCAUCAAUAAUCAUGUCCUGAGUGUUGUUCUCAAUCACCAUUUCCCCAUUAUUAUUCGAAGCUCCCGUGUUAUCUCUACUGUGAAUCUGUCCCAGCUUCUCCGCAUUCGGAUUCCUGAAUUUGAGGUCUCAGUACGACCUCUCUUGGAGAAUCGAACCGUUGGGCCUUCAGUUAUAGCUUCCUCCACCUCAUGUUCUGGUUGUCUCACAUUCGCAGCUAACACCAUAUUAUUCCCAGACUCAGCUCCACUAUUACUGCUAGGGCCAUCAAAAUUCAGUUUUUUCCGUGUCUUAUUCUGCUUCAAUGAUUCCUUCAAUUCCUGACAUCUCCUCGUCUCCUCUUCUAAUUUCGCCUCUAGAAGUCUGCCCCUCAAGGGAGAAGAUUUAAGCCAUUUGCCAUAAGGUAGUUCAGAAGUGGGAGUUUUGUCAUCAUAUUUCGAGCAUUGGUAGUACGUGUCCAAGACAUCCACAAGCAUGGCAGAAAUCCAUUAAUUUUUCGUAUGUGAAUUUAAUUAAUUUAGGGCCAUUAUUUGUUGCAACUUUAGCCCACCUUUUCAGAGGUUUAUUAAUAUCAAGAGCAACUCUAAAACGAAGGAACUUGCACCACCCUAUAGGAUCAGAUUCGUCCACCUCCAAUAAGUCCCCCAUACUUGUUGCUAGUGUUUUUGCCAUUGCAGUAGUUCGUUUAUGCAAGGGCACAUCCCAUGCACGAACCCAGAACUUUAUUUUAGAGAAAACAACCUCAGAUGGUUGUAUUCCAUCAACAAUUUCAUUCAACAAAAUUGGGGCACCCCUAAACGACCAAGGCCCCCUUCAAGCACCCUAU